AUGGAUGAGGAACAUAAUCUUAUGGAAGAAAAAGCAGUCAUGGAAGAAGAUUCCUCUGAUGUCGAAUUUGCAUGUGGAGAUCCACAAGUUGAGCCUCGUGUUGGAGACGAGUUUCAGGUCGACAUUCCUCCAAUGAUGUCUGCAUCCAAGCGCGCAGUGUUUCUUUCGACUCCUCUAGCUUUGGAUGAUUCCUUAUAUUCUUUUCUUGUCGGACUACCUGUCCAAGUAAUGUGGGUAGACAAACAUAAGAAAGAACAAGGAAAUGGUGAUGAUAAUGUUGACAUGAACCAAUCUUUGAGGUCUAUAAGAGCGAAAAGAAGCCGUUGCUCUGCGAAGAUCAGGGGCAAGAGUGAAGAGAAUUCGGAAUCCAAGAAGCAAAGAUUGAAUCUUGAGGCUGUUCCUGCGAUACCGUCCAGUUGUUGGGAUGAUUUUGAGGUGGCUAGCUUUGUUCUUGGUCUGUAUACAUUCGGGAAGAACUUUAUUCAGGUGAAGAAAUUCAUGGAGAACAAAGGGAUAGGAGAGAUAGUGUUGUUUUACUAUGGGAAGUUCUACAAUUCAGCUAAAUACCACAGUUGGUCUGAUUCCCGCAAGAAGCGGAACAGGAAAUGUGUACAUGGAAGAAAGCUCUAUUCAGGUUGGAGGCAGCAGCAGUUGUUAUCCCGUUUGAUUCCUUCUAUUCCCGAUGAAUCUCAGAAAAAGAUGCUCGUGAAUGUCUCAAAGUCAUUUGCUGAAGGGAGUAUCACUCUGGAGAAAUACAUAAGGGCGGUGAAGGAUCUUGUGGGUCUCAGGCUUCUGGUAGACGCUGUGGCGAUUGGUAAAGAAAAAGAAGAUCUCACGGUUGUUACAUCAGUACCAAUGAAGACCAAACCAUGGUUCACGGUUUCUCCAAAACCUUCUUCGGUCCCGGGCUUAGGUUACACUUCACUCACACCUGUUGACAUAAUAGAUAAAUUAACUGGCAGUUCGCGUCUGAGCAAAGCUCGUCGCAAUGAUAUCUUCUGGGAAGCUGUAUGGCCGCGUUUGCUAGCCAGAGGAUGGCAUUCAGAGCAGGCCAAGGACCGAAGCUAUUUUACCUCGAAGGAUAACAUUGUUUUCAUUGUCCCUGGCGUGAAAAAGUUUUCAAGAGGGAAGCUUGUCAAAGGCGAACAUUACUUUGAUUCCGUCAGUGACAUUCUAACAAAGGUUGCUUCAGAGCCUGAGCUUCUUGAGUUUGAAACAGGAGGAGAGGUCAGAGGAGCAGCCUCCAAUAAACUUGUUGUUGCAGAGAACUCUUCUGACCAAUCAGAUGAAGAGUCUUCCCUGUCUGAUAGUCAGAAACACCGUUACCUCAAGUCUCCAUGUUCUAACCGUGGACCUCUACAAAUGAAGUUCACUGUUGUGGACACUAGUUUGGCUGCAGGAGGAAGAAAGUUGUGUGAUUUACGGAAUCUGAGUGCAGAAUCUCUAGCUUCUGAGCCAAAGACUUGUCUAGGAGAUGAAAAUUCUUCCGUGCUGAAAAAUUCCCUGGACAAUCAGAAUGUGGAAAAGUCCCAAAUGAUGCCUCUCGAUACCAAGAACCAAGUGGAUGACCCAAUGCGAUUCACAAUUAUUGAUACAAGUCUAGACCACCGUGAAAAAUCAUCGGGGCUGAGGAGAUGGAGACAUUUACCAGGUAAUGACACAGAUAGGGGUUAUGUAGGUUUUGAUUCUACUGUAAAGGAGGAAGAGAUUUUGGAGAAGGUUAAGGAUCCAUCAAAGAGGCAUAGGUCUACCCGACGAGCAGAAAAGAACUACCAUUCAGUGAAUUCUACCCCAUCGUUGAAACGCAGACGGCUCAGUGCUUGCAUUAGGAGGGAGAAAAGCUGCUCAAGAGAAAGUCCUGUGUUCGAUUAUUUACCGGGUGAUGACACGGAAAAGAAAGUAUGUCCAGAAUUAGACCACUUAAGUUUAUGUGCGGUCCAACACCAAAAAAGCACUCGUGAAGAGGUGAAUGAGGACAAAGAGAGAGAUGAAACUGUGUUAUUGGUUGAUUAUGUGAACUUAAAGUCUGAUCAAUCAAAAAAGGCUGGAACUAGACCGUCUUCUUCGCUUGUUGAGAUUCAAGAAACAUCAGAGGUUGAACCAAAUGGGUUAAAUUCCAUCUCCGGUGUGGACAACAACUGUUCUCCAGAGGAGAUAAGAACAGUGCUUGAACCCAUUUUAUCAGAUCAAGAACCAAAUGGUUUCUGUUCAGCGUCAGAUUCAGACAAAAAACCCGCUUCCAAUGAUCUGAAACAAGAGCAAGCAGUUGAGCUCCCUUCCAUUUCAGGCUCAAACAUUAAUAGUCCUCCUUCCAAUGAUCUGGGAACUACUCAAGAACUUGGUUCAUCAGAGCAACAACAGCACGACCAACAGAUUAAUACUGAUGGUCCUCGAAGACAGAGCACAAGAAAGCGACCAUUGACCACCCGGGCUCUGGAAGCUCUUGAAUCCGGCUUCCUUACAACCAAGAGAAUGAAAAGCACGAUUAAACCGAGAAAGCGUGAAAGUUCUUCAAAGAAAAAGCAAUCGGCUAAACCGUGCAGCAGAGCACAACUUUUGUCAGGCAAUGGGAGUGGAGAUUUGGAUCAAAGAGGAGAAGAUAGAAGCAAUUUUGCAAAGAAAGCUAGAACAAGGAAACCCUUGGAUCAAGUAGAGGAUUCAAAGCCUAGCUUCCUUCUUAAUGAAGCAACAACUGAGAGUAAGGCUCUGGAUCCAGUACAGGAUUCAAAGCCUGUGCCAACUGAAUACCCUAAACUUCCACCGAUUGUUUUGAAGCUUUCCUUUAAGCGUGCCCGAGGAGCUUCAGAGACUUGA